GGAAAAGAUGGGUCAGUAAAAAAGAGAGGGUCCCCCCUGCCGCCCCACCUCUGCAGAGUGGAGAAGAAACUCUCGCACGUUCCUACAGGGCGUGUGGCUCUACCUACAUUCAGCAACUUGGAAACUUCAGACUUCACACAGUGUCAGAGAUUGUAGCCUCCCGUAAUCGCCUGCAGCCCAGCUCCUAUCAAAAGCCAGCCUGAGAGAAUUCCCAAGCACAUCUGACACAGAUUAAAACAAAGAUCCCUGAGUAACUGCAGAUGCAGGGACAUUUGAAGCCGCCAGCGUAAAGAAUCCGUACCAGCAUGUCUGCCUACUACAGGAAUAACAAGUACGAGGAAUAUCCUGAUGACCCUGGCUAUUCAGGGCCUCGGAACCACGUGCAGGGGUAUUUGAAAACUCAGGGUCACCCAGAGUCUCCGGGUCCUCUGCACAACUCCGAUUACUCUCAAACCAGGAGCAACCCAUACUCUGCAGACUCCGGAAGUGCAGACUAUCCCGGGUCUGUAGCAAGACCAGGUUAUCCUGGGUCUUGGAGUGACCCAGACUACCCUGGCACCAGGAGCAACCCAUACUCUGCAGACUCCAGAAGUGCAGACUAUCCUGGGUCUCCAGCAGAGCCGGAUUAUCCUGGAUCUCGGAGUAACCCAGACUACCGUGGCACUAGGAGCAGCCUGUACUCUGCAGGCUCCAGAAGACGUGCAGACCAUCCUGGAUCUCCAGCAGAGCCGGAUUAUCCUAGACCUUGGAGCAACCCAUACCAUCCAGGCUCAUCCAGAGAGCCAGACGACUCUGAACCUCGACGAAAUCCUGACUUCGCAGGUUCCAGAAGCAGUGGACACUAUGGAGGUGCCAGGGCACAUCCUGAUUAUCUUGGCUCCUUGGAAGAACCCGACUACCCUGGAGCUCAGGGAAGCUCUAACCACCCCAGCCCCAGACACACUUCCAACCGCCCAGGCUCCAAAAGGAAUCCAGAAUAUGCUGCUUCCAGAAUCAACCCACACACAGACUUUCUGAGUGAGCCUGAUUAUCCGGGUGCUGAGAAUCAACCUAACUCUUCCAACUUUUUGGGGGAACCAGACUAUCCCAGUGCCGAGGUCUAUCAGCACUCUCCAAACUUUUGGGGGGAGCCUGAUUACCCAAAUGCUGAGGAUGGUCGAGAUUAUGGCUCUUCGAAGACUCCAAAAAUGACCAGGGAGGUGCUCAGCAGAACAUCUUCAAUCCAGCCCUCAUUUCAUCAUGGGCGUGAUGGCCCCUUGGGCAUCCUUGUGAGAGAGAAUGAAGAUGACUCGGAAAGCAUUGAAAUGAAAUCCAUGGAGAUGGAAAAUCCGUAUGGCUACUCUGUGCCAGGUGCUCCCGCCACUGGCUAUGUGAAUCCGGCGUAUGUGGGUGAAGGUAGCUCCGGCCCAGCUUAUGGAAACCCACCGUUUGGGAGCGACUGGCACAAGUCACCCCAAGGACAAAAGUUAAUUACAUCUCUGAUUUCCAUGACAUCUAGAGACAGAAUUAAAGCCAUCAGGAGUCAGCCGAGGGCCAUGGAAGAGAAAAGGAACCUUAGGAAAAUAGUUGACAAAGAGAAAAGUAAGCAGUCCCGUCACAUCCUUGAGUUCAACUGCUGCUCUCAGUGUCUGAACUCCAUUUCAUUGGCCCACCGGAGAUCCAAGAACAGCCUGUCGGAGCUGCUUAACUCCAUCAGCCUCUGGCAGAAGACGCUCAAGGUCAUUGGGGGCAAGUUCGGAACCAGCGUCCUGUCCUAUUUCAACUUCCUGAUGUGGCUUUUGAAGUUCAACAUUUUCUCAUUCAUUGUGACCUUUGGCUUCAUCAUAAUCCCUCAGUUAACCGUGGCCACAAGGAACACCCUUCAAUUCACCGGACUGGAGUUUUUGACGGGGGCGGGUUAUUUUAGCGACACGGUGAUGUACUAUGGCUUUUACACCAACUCCACAAUCCAGCACGGGGAAGGUGCGGCCUCCUAUAAUAUGCCACUCGCCUACCUCUUCACGAUCGGAGGCUGUUUGGUCGUCUGCUUUUUCAGCUUGCUGUUCAGCAUGGCCAGGUAUUUCCGAAACAACUUCAUUAACCCUCAAGUUUACACCAGAGGGAUCGCUAAACUUAUUUUUUGCUGGGACUUCACCGUCACUCACGAAAAAGCUGUGAAGCUGAAACAGAAGAACCUGAGCACUGAGAUAAGGGAGAACCUGUCAGAAAUCUGUCAGGAGAAGGUCAAGUUAACGCUCAAUCAGCACCUGACCCGCUUUGCUGUCCACCUGGCAGCCUGGGUUGUCUCCACCGGAGUGGCCGUUGCCUGCUGUGUCGCUGUUUAUUACCUGGCUGGGAACAACAUAGAGUUCCUGGCGAGCCACAGGGACCCCGGGGCAGUGCUGUUGCUGCCUUUCGUUGUGUCCUGCAUCAACCUGGCCGUGCCACGCUUCUACUCCGCGUUCAGGCUGGUGGAGCGUUACGAGAUGCCACGGCAUGAAGUCGCUGUCCUUCUGGUCCGAAACAUCUUUCUGAAAAUAUCAAUCAUUGGAAUUCUUUGUUACUACUGGCUCAACAUCGUGGCCCUGGCUGGUGAAAAGUGUUGGGAAACCCUCAUUGGCCAGGAAAUCCACCGGCUCCUCCUGAUGGAUUUCGUGUUCUCGUUAGCUGAUUCCUUCCUGGGGGAGUUCCUGAGGAGAAUCAUUGGGACGAAGUUCAUCACAAGCCUUGGCUUACCGGAGUUUGACAUUGCCAGGAAUGUUCUAGAGCUGAUCUACGCACAGACUCUGGUGUGGAUUGGAACCUUCUUCUGCCCUCUGUUGCCUUUUAUCCAAAUGAUUACUCUUUUCAUCAUGUUUUACGUCAAAAAUAUCAGCCUGAGGAUGAACUUCCAGCCUCCGAGCAAAGUCUGGCGGGCCUCCCAGAUGAUGACUUGCUUCAUCUUCUUGCUCUUUUUCCCGUCCUUCACCGGGGUCCUCUGUACCCUGGCCAUCACCAUCUGGAGGUUGAAGCCGUCAGCAGACUGCGGCCCGUUUCGGGGUCUGCCCGUCUUCAUUGAGUCCAUCUACAGCUGGAUCGAUACCCUGAGUCACAGCACCAGCUACCUGUGGGUGGUUUGGAUCUACCGUAACCUCAUUGGGAGCGUGCACUUCUUUUUCAUCCUCACCCUCAUUGUCUUAAUCAUCACCUACCUGUACUGGCAGAUCACAGAAGGGAGGAAGGUGAUGAUCAGGCUGCUCCACGAACAGAUCAUUAACGAGGGCAAAGAUAAAAUGUUCCUGAUAGAAAAGCUGACAAAGCUGCAGGAUGCUGAGAAGAGAGCCAACGCCAGCUCAUUGACACUGGAGAGAGACGCAGAGGAGACCGGCCCUCUGCACACCAGGGGACAUGACACCGCUCAUACCCCAGACCUGCGAUUCAGGCGGUCUGUUCAAGAAGAGAAUCCAAAGGCCUGACGAUGACUGUGGUAGCCAGACACCUAUCAAAGGAGGAAAGAAGAUAGAAAGGGAAGAACUUUUUCCAGCCACCUGGGUCCUUGGGGAGCUUCUCAGAAGGGAAUUCAAACCAUUUGCCAGGAGUAGCAACUGACACCAGUGUUAAUACUGAAGUAAAAUUGGCUAUUUCCUGCUGGUGUUUUACACUCGAAUUGCUGAUUUUUGGAGAGAGAAUAUUUGGGGUUUUCUAAUAAAGACUUGUGAUAUCUUAA